AUAAAAUUUAUCCGGCUAUUCCGAAAUAUUUUAGCACCGUUUAAUCUAUCCAAUUCAAUCCGAUGGGUCAACAGCAGUCAAUCAGAUCAGACUUUUAAGUUGGUAAUCAUGCUUCACCUGUUGGACUUGACGUGUGGGGAUCAGGGUAUUCUAGGGACUUCAGCCCAUUUUCUGUGGUUGCGCGUUUGAAACCGUUGAACAGUGGACUGUUGACUGUUGAGUCCACAAUUUGAAUUUUUGUGGUGGUUGGAAUUGCCAGUGUUUGCAACUCGUACGCUUGUCUGUCAAUGUCGGAUAUUUUUAUUUGGCAGAGAUUGGAUUAAUCAUGGCUAUGGACCACCGCGAUAUACCUGAACAAUACAAGGAUGCUGUCAAUCGAAUGGUUGAAACUAUGCAUCAACAUAUAGAGAAUAGAGGCCAUGGGUUUGCAUGGUCAGUAGAUGAUUUUGAUAUCGGAGCUCCGAUGGGAAGAGGGAAGUUUGGCAGAGUUUAUUUAGCUAGAGAAAAAAGGACCCACUACAUGGUAGCUCUUAAGACUCUGUUCAAGUCUGAACUGAUCAAAGGGCGUGUAGAGAAACAAGUACUUCGUGAAAUUGAAAUACAAUCACAUCUAAAGCAUCCAAAUAUUCUUCAGUUACUGACAUGGUUUGAUGACAAUCGGCGUAUUUAUUUAGUCUUGGAAUUUGCUGCAAGAGGAGAACUUUAUAAGGAGCUACAGCGUCAGCCUGGAAAGAGAUUUAAUGAGCAGCUAUCUGCCAAGUACACAUAUCAAGUAGCUGAUGCAUUACACUACUGCCAUAAAAAUCACGUAAUCCACAGGGAUAUAAAGCCAGAAAAUUUGUUACUUGACUUUGAAGGGAAUAUCAAAUUAGCUGACUUUGGGUGGUCUGUCCAUGCGCCAUCUUCAAAACGUAGUACCAUGUGUGGAACAUUGGAUUAUCUACCUCCAGAAAUGGUGUCAGGGCAGACUUAUGACGUUUAUAUAGAUCAUUGGUGUUUAGGAAUUUUGUGCUACGAAUUUUUAGUUGGAAAGCCACCUUUUUUAAGCGAUUCACACGAAGAAACGUAUAGCAAAAUUAAGGGUUGCAUCAUACAAUGGCCACCAUAUGUACCUGCUGGUGGUAAAGAUCUCAUUUCAAAGCUUAUCAAACGGAGAAGCUCAGAUAGAAUAUCGUUGCCUGCGGUGAUGAAACAUCCUUGGAUACUUGAAAACAAGGAUAAAAAAUAGCUGUUUACCGCAAAAUUUCGAAGUGAUCUAAAAAAUACCAUUUAUUCAACAUAAAGUAAGAACAAAUUUUCAUAUCAAUGCAUUGUUACAUACACAGACUGACUUUGAUCACUUUUUGAAUGUAUUUCUGUAAUAUUGGUUGAGGCACCAAAGUUGACUUUUUCUUAGCAAUAUUAAAAUUAAAUGAGACAUCAUGUA